UAUAUCUUCCUAACUAUGGCCCAACCUCUGUUAUUCACAGUGAAGAGGUGUGCCCCUGAAUAUGUAAGACCAUCAAAACCUGCACCUCAUGAAAUAAAAUUACUUUCAGACAUAGAUGACCAAGAAGGGUUACGUUUUCAAAUUCCAGCGAUCCAAUUUUAUAAAUAUGAUCCAAAUAUGGCAGGGAAAGACCCUGUUGAUAUUAUUAGAAAAGCAUUAGCAAAAACACUUGUGUUUUAUUAUCCAUUUGCAGGUAGAUUAAGGGAAGGUCCUGGUAGGAAGCUUAUGGUAGAUUGUAAUGAUGAAGGUAUUUUGUUUAUUGAAGCUGAUGCUGAUGUUAGUUUGAAAGAAUUUGGUGAUGCUCUUCAACCUCCUUUUCCUUGUUUGGAUGAGCUUCUUUUAUUGUAGGCAAACUGGGUUGAU